GCGCUAGAAGCCUUGACGUAGCAGCCUGCCUUCCUCCGACCGACUCUCCUACCUCACUUGACCUGGCUUCUGGCUUUGUUGCUCCUUUCGACACCUCAUCACGACACCCAGGAAAUCCAUCACCUCCCAACUCCUACGCAACGCCCAUAUAAUCGCCCCGCGCACCUUUAGCCGCCGCACAACAACAUCUCCACCAGACUUCAUCGAACCCCCCGCCAUUCACAAUGAACCCCGAGUACGACUACCUCUUCAAGCUUCUCCUCAUCGGUGACUCCGGUGUUGGAAAGUCUUGCCUUCUGCUGCGAUUCGCCGACGACACCUACACUGAGUCCUACAUCUCCACCAUUGGUGUCGAUUUCAAAAUCCGCACGAUAGAGCUCGAUGGAAAGACGGUGAAGCUGCAGAUCUGGGACACCGCUGGCCAGGAGCGUUUCCGCACCAUCACCUCCUCUUACUACCGUGGUGCCCACGGCAUCUGCGUCGUCUACGAUGUGACCGACAUGGACUCCUUCAACAACGUCAAGCAGUGGCUCCAGGAGAUUGACAGAUAUGCCACCGAGGGCGUCAACAAGCUACUCGUCGGCAACAAGAGCGAUAUGUCCGACAAGAAGGUUGUCGAGUACACCGUCGCCAAGGAGUUUGCCGACAGCCUGGGCAUCCCCUUCCUCGAGACCUCUGCGAAGAACGCCAGCAACGUUGAGCAGGCUUUCUUGACCAUGGCCCGCCAAAUCAAGGAGCGCAUGGGCAGCACGACCGCCAACAACACGAAACCCUCCGUGCAGGUCGGACCCGGACACGGCGUCUCUUCGAACUCGGGCGGCGGCUGCUGCUAAGCGUUUCGGCCCUGAUUUCACGAAGCCCGCUUUUCCUUACCUGUUUCUAUGGCAUUUUACGGAUUUUCUCGGCGGAGGGGAGACAGCUGGGCAGAACAGGCGAGGGAGGAAUACACAACACAUGAAGGUGUUGGAAUCGGACGGGGCUCGAACGAGGCUGUGCCGUUCUCUUUUGUCUCUCCUUCCCCUCGCUACGGCUGCUUUUCCAUACUUCUUCUACGCAUAGAUGAGUGUUGAUUUGGUUUGCUCCAGUUCCGCCUCCACACUGCACACGCAAACCAGCACAAGAUACUUCUGUAAUGGGACUCACGACAUUGCUUAUGGCAAAAGACAGGACCUUUGCGUGCUCACGCUUCUAGUCACCCAGCGCUCGGAUACCCGUCGGGAGACACCCGGGGACGGCGUCUGAGUUAGGAACAGGACAUUUUUGAGGCUAUUUCGGCGUGUGUUUGCGGGGGUUGUGUUUUGCAGGCGCGCCGUGUAUUUUGCGACGAACAUGGACCGCAGCAGGGCCAUCACAUAGGCAACGAAAGCGGACAGCCCGUACGGUAUCUGCAAUGUUUCUCUGUCCGUUAGCAUCGGCUUCUCUCUCCCCUUUCUCUUUGGCGACUGCUGCUGC